AUGAUGGUGUCUGUUGAGAGGAUAAAGCAGUUUAUAAAUAUUCCAUCGGAACCAGCAUGGAAUAUCAAGGAUCAUCUACCUCCUUCAAAUUGGCCAGGUCAAGGCAGUGUUGAUAUCAAAGAUUUGCAGGUCAGAUAUCGUCCAAACACUCCUCUGGUUCUGAAAGGAAUUACUUUAAGCAUUAGUGGAGGUGAAAAAGUUGGUGUUGUGGGUCGAACUGGUAGCGGAAAGUCAACUUUAAUUCAAGUAUUCUUUAGGCUGGUGGAACCUUCGGAAGGAAAAAUAAUAAUUGACGGUGUUGACAUAUCCUUCUUGGGACUUCACGAUCUUAGAUCACGGUUUGGUAUCAUUCCUCAAGAACCAGUGCUUUUUGAAGGAACUGUGAGAAGCAACAUUGAUCCAAUUGGAGAAUAUACAGAUGAAGAAAUAUGGAAGGGCUUGGAACGUUGUCAACUAAAAGAUGUUGUUGCUGCCAAGCCUGAAAAACUAGACUCUUUAGUGGUGGAUAAUGGAGAGAACUGGAGUGUGGGACAGAGACAGUUACUUUGUCUAGGGAGGGUUAUACUUAAGAAAAGCCGACUUUUGUUCAUGGAUGAGGCAACAGCUUCUGUUGAUUCUCAAACUGAUGGUGUGAUUCAGAAGAUCAUAAGAGAGGAGUUUGCAUUAUGCACCAUCAUCAGCAUUGCUCACAGAAUACCCACAGUCAUGGACUGUGACAGAGUUUUAGUUGUUGAUGCAGGGCGAGCGAAAGAAUAUGAUAAGCCUUCAAAUUUGCUUAAGAAGAAAUCUCUCUUUGGGGCAUUAGUUGAAGAAUAUGCCAACCGCUCCAGUGGACUAUAA